AGUCCAAGUAACAGAAUCCCACUAGUUUUGGAUAGUUACCGCUACAUUUCACUUCCUCCAUCCUUAUACUCUCUCUUCCUUCUUCCAUUUUUUUCUUUCUUUCGUUGAAAAUUUCAAGUUUUGUACUCUGUUCUCUCUCUUUCUACAUGACCAAGUCCAAAUAACACGAAGAUUUCAGAUACCCACAUUUGAAUUUAUCAUACAGAAGAACAUUCGAAACAUGGUAGACAAACCAGACAAGGAUGCCUCCUAUUGGUUGCCUAAGCCUAAAUCAAGAACUGAUAUUCAGUUUCAUGUCAGUGGGGUGCCCUUCACUUUGGAUCGGAAUAUUAUAGUAGAAAAGUCUGGCAAGAUAGCAGAGUUACUGAACGAGCAAUCUGAGGACAGUAUCCAUGAGUUCCUGAGAAGCAUACCAGCUCAUCCCAAUACAUUUGAACUUGUUGCAAGGUUCUGCCAUGGUUUUUCACUGCAAAUGUCAUGUGAGAAUGUGCUUCCUUUAGCUUGUCUUGCUUUCUAUCUGGGGAUGACUGAAAGUCACAGCCCAAAUAAUCUGUUGAGCAAAGCACUUACCUUCUUUGAACAGAAAAUCCUCCCUAGCUGGAAUGGAACCAUUAAGGCUUUUCUUACAACAGAAGAUAUCAUGCAACAGGCAGUGGAUACUGGCCUUGUUGAUGAAUGCAUUGAAUCUUUGGUCAGUAAGGCAGUGAAUGAUCCGUAUCUCCUCGGUGAACCGAUUGUGAAUUUCAUAAAUGAGGAAUUUAGUGAGGAUGAUGUGUUUUAUCACAAGCCCAGUACAAGAAGAAAACUCUUUGUUUCUGAAUGGCAGUCAGAGGAUUUGAUAAUUCUGCCUAUUUCAUUGUAUGAACUGACAAUUCAUUCUAUGAACCAGCAUGCUGUCCCGCCGAGAUUUGUAGCAGCAUCCCUUUUGAAGUAUGCAAAGAAGUGGGUAUUUUGCAGUGCUAAAGGAGAUGAAAAAAUGUCUGUAUGUAAAACAAACCGUCAAAGGGAAGUCAUAGAAGCAGUGGAGAGGCUACUGCCUCAUCAGAAGGGACUAUUUCCUUGCACGAUACUGUUUGAAAUGCUCCAGUAUGCCAUUCGUUUGGAAGCUAAUGCCGGUUGUAGAAAUGGACUUGAGUUGAGGAUAGGUAAGCAGCUUGAUCAAGCUACAGCAAGUGACCUUUUAAUACCUUCUCGAGGCUAUGCUAAGGAAAUGCGUUACGAUAUCGAGUGUGUGAAGCGGAUUGCAAAGCACUUCUAUACAGAUUAUAGUUCUAAUAUCGAAGGAUUAAUUGCCGUGGCAAAACUCAUCGAGGAAUUCUUGUUUGAGGUUGCCAGUGACAGAGAUUUGGAGAUAAGUGCAUUUGUUUCAUUAGUUGAAAUGUCAAGUGCAGCAUCAAUGGGAACUGAUAGGAGCUCCGACGGAAUAUACAGGGCUAUUGAUAUAUACCUGGACAAGCAUAGCUUUCUGACAGAAUCUGAGAGAGAAGAAGUCUGCAGAGGGCUGGACUACCAUAGGAUGUCGGCUGAAGCUUGUGAACAUGCAGCCAAGAACCAGCGAUUGCCAUUAAGAAUUGUGGUCCAAGUGCUAUUUUUGGUGCAAUUACAACUACGCGAUGCGAUCACGAGGGACAUGCAGCGUUUGGACAACAAAUUGACACAGGAUGAGGUUGAAAAUGACAAAGGAGAGUUGGCGUUAAGUGAUGGUAUAGUAAAAAAUGAAAUGGAGAAAAUGAGCAACAAGGUGAUAGAGCUGGAGAAAGAUUGCCAUAUGAUGAGGAAAGAGAUUGAGGAAGGCUGCAUCCACAUGGUGAGAAAAGAGAAAACAAGCAUGUGGAGAGAAAUGAAGAGAAAGUUUGGUUGCAUAAAUAAGAUGAACAACUGCAAUUGCCAAGUUAAAAAGAAAAGGGUUCAUCCAAAACUAUGGGCUUGACUAACAGACAUCUGAUCAUCCUAUAAACUCUUCUGUAAUUAUUUGAUUUCAUGUUUCUGCAUUGUCAUUUAACUGAUUUGAUUUAGCGAAUAAAUUUCCAAGUUUCGUGGGCAUCAAGCCGAAAAUUUCCCCAAGGUAACUGUUUCUUUACCACCUUGCUUUUCCACAUCAUGUAACAUUGACUUUACAACAUGCAUAAUUUGAAUUGUCAACAAAAGAAAAGAUUGUUGAUUUUUUUGUAUAAAAUAAAAAUGAUGCUUCAUGGAGCACUUCGUUGAGAUACCUUAGUGAUGAUAACUAAGUGCCUCUGUCUUAUUGGUUAGUUCAAUGAAAAAAGAGAAGCAAAAUGAUAAAAGGAAAAGGUGCUAGACAUGGAGUUAUUAUUUUACAUUUUACCUUCAUCAGUAUCUCAACAAUCAAUAAUUAUUCAAGCAUGGACCAUAAUUCUUGUGACAGUGAUGGAAGGAUAUCUAGUGGUCCAUUUUGUGCAAAAUUCCCAAAAUCUUUUUCAAAGUUGAGAUGUAGCAUGCAGUAUGCCAGUUUAGCCAAUUAAGACUGUGAUGGACUUGAUGAGAGCCUCAUCCAAACCUGGAGGAGGAGGAGGAGCUUGGAGAUGAUUCUCAUGGCGGAUUUGGGAAAGAUUUUCUUCAUCUUCCAUUUCCAUGGCGGCGUUGGAGGUGGAAGCUCUGUU